AUGGCCAUCGGCGUUCCCGCCACGCUCCAUCACCAAAGGACCCAGCAGCAGAGUCCUGUGCCGUUCUCCUCAUUUGGGCCGUCGCCGGCGUUCAACCAAACGUUUAAUGGGUUGCCUCGUAGCUCAGUAGGCAUGCCAAACCAAGGCUCCAACACCAAUACUCAAGUGUGUUUCCUUGCAUCAUGCCUUUCCCUUUCGCAUUUCCUUUAUAUUAGUACGUUCUUUCAAUCAAUGUUUCAAUGUGGUGCUCGGCAUUUAUGGCAUGAUCGUAGGCCUUAUGUUGGUAUCGUUACAAGUAUACUCGUAAGAGUUCUUCCCAUGAACUGACUUAUGUAUCUCUUAAGAGUUCUUCCCAUGAACUGACCUAUGUAUCUCUUACCCUCCUGAUUCACUGAAAUCCAGUAGUUCUCAAUUAUCAAAUCAAUCUGUUUCAAUGGAGUAUUCCUCUAAAAAUCCUUGGGCUAUGCGUUAUUGUUUAAUCCUUGGUCUGUUCUAAUUUGGAGCUUUGAAAGUCAACUUCUUGCUUUGCAUUUUUCAUACCUUUUUGGUGGGUAUAAGUGGAAGGAAAAAUUCAUAGGCCCUAUGAACCGGAGAUUACCAAUGAACAUCGAAAAAAAAACCCCACAUAAGUUACGACAGCUGUUUUUUUGGCCCUAAAUUCUUGCAUAUUUUAUCCUUUGGGGAGUCCUCUGAAAAGUAUUCUGGUGGAAAUUUUGUAUAUCUGUGGAGACUCGUGGAAUCAGUAUGACUGCUUAAUUGCAGCGGUUUAACAUCAUGAUGCCGAUCCCCAUCUCCCAUCUUUCAUUCUUACUCAUUUCAUAGUUUCCUUGCGUUUUUUCUUAAAGGUGAGACAUCCAGUUCAAACGAUUCAGAAUCCUGGAGUGGGUGCUCAAGGUACUACCAUGCGACCUGGUGGGGUUACUGGGAAUCAUCAGCAGCGGCCUGCACAGCCUUCUUUGAGAUCAGUUUCUCCGUCAAAUAUUCAGUCUUCAACUAAUCAUGUGAGUGUCUGUCUUUUGGCUCAUCCUUCUUUAUCAUCUUUUCUUUUCUGGUUCAAUUUCUGUGUACCCGUACAUCUUUCUCGAAUCUCUUGGAUAAAGUUUUUUAUUAAAAAACAAACAAAGAAAAAGUCGAUGGUCUUGUUUUAUUAGCCUGAUAUAUUGAUGCUCUGGGACGUCUUUUUAACGAUGAUGUGUGAUAAUCUUGAUGUAUAUCUUUUAGCACGUAUCAUGGAGAUAUUAACUUCAUUUUUCGAUUCCAACGCAUGUGUGAGCCGUUAUAUAUGAUACUCGGACCUAUUUGUGUCUUUCUGAUUUACCUCUUUUUAUCUUAAAGAGGGGACAUGAAAAAUAAUUCUUCACUUGCGGUUACUUUUGGAUAUUGGAAUUCGCUUCUUGGGUUGCUUUCUUACAUUUAUUUUAAUUAAUGCUUUUGCAGAAGUUUCAGCCUGGUUCAUUUCGAGGGCCCUCUGUGUCUUCUCCGAGUUCUCCAUCACCCAGUCAAUCCCAGAGUUCUCAACCGCAUCAGCAGCCUUGGAUGACUGCCCAAGGAAGACCAGCUAACCCUGGCUCCUUAUCUUCCCCCUCGUUCAGGGCACAGAGCAGGCCACAGUUGUCACAGCAAAGACCACACCAACCACAACAACCGUCUAUGCCAACAUCGUUACACCAGCAGCAGAUAUCAGGUUCACAGCAACAGCAGAAUCAGAAACAACUGCUGCAGCAACAACAGCAACAGCAAUCACAACAGCAGCAGCAACAGCAGACGCCAUUGAUACAGCUACAGCAGCAACAGCAGGCGUUGCAGCCACCUCAGUCGCUGCCAAAAGCCCAGCAAGCUGUGCAUCAACAACAGCAGUUAUCUCGAUCAGCAGGUCAGAAGUCACUGGUUCCAGCAUCAAUGCAGUCAGGAGCCACCCAGCCUGGCUCCUUCCCUCCAACAUCUGGAACAGAUGAUGGUGAAUCCAGUAAUCACAUCCUCAGCAAAAGAAGCAUACGUGACUUAGUUGCUCAGGUGAGCUAUGGUGCACCCUCCUUUUUAUCCGGUGCCAUUUUAUGUAAAUGCAUCAAAUACUUAAAAAGGAAAACAAAGGCAGCGUUGUUAGUUUUGGUUUUAACCAUCAGUUAAAUUAUACUAAUCGAUUCCUCAAAAUUCAAAGCGAAUACUAGAGAAUUUUUUUAACUCCACUUCCUGGCCGUUAAAGAAAAGUCUUUUACCACAAAGCAGCGUUUCUACUUUAUUUUAUUACUUGAUCUCACGGUUCUCUCUCUCUCUGCUUGACUGAAUCCAUUCUAAGUCAUUCUGGCAUCUGCUAUUUUCUGCUGUUAAACUUUUUCUCCUUGCCAUCAAAUAAUUAUUUGGCCACAUUUCUCAUCGUAAUUUUUUGAUGAUGUUCUAAUCCCUUUAUUUUUUUGGGACUGUCCAAGACUCUAUAUAUAGCGUUAAAAAUCAUGCCAUUGCGGUCAGAUAAUUGCAUUGCUAUUGUACCAAUUGUUUUUUUUCCUGUUCUCUACAUCAUGCCAAGUUUUUAAUAGCACAAGUUGCUGUUUUAGGAAUUAUUUUCACGUACAGAAAACAGGUUGAGCUUGACUUAUUAAUUCCUGUUGGGGGAAGACAGCAUAAGCCAUGUAACCAUUUGUGUUUCUAGUUGGAUUUUUCGUCGCAUUAAAUGCUCGAUGUUGAUAUAUUCAAUGAAGUCUUGUUGGUAUUGGGGGGGCAGACUACAGAAGUUGCCUCAUAUAUAUCAAUAAAUAUGUAUCUGUUGUCAAUGAAAAUGACAUGUAUAGUACACCCUCUCUUGACAUUUGGACUGACGUAAUAAUCUGCCAUUUAGUCUUCUUCUUCAUUCGAGUCCUACUUGCCAUCUUCUCAUUGAAAAUUCUACCCUAAAAUGCUUUCUCGCACGCUACAUAUGCAUAUAAUAACAUGGGAAUCAAGUCUGAGGAGCCUUUUGAUUGGCUAUUUUGUUAUAACUAUGGGGCGGAGGAAUUUGAACAGUAUUCCGGUAAUAUUCUAGAAUAGACUCUUCGUUUCGUAAUCAAUCGUUCAUCUGGAAAUCUCUGUGGAAUGUUUCAGAAUGAUUGUGAUGAAAGCCUUGGUCAAAGUUUUCUCACCAUUUUCACAUCUGUUGUGAUAGUCAAUAUGAUAAAAUGAUAUUAUUGUAUUUGAAAAAAGAAGAAGGUGAUGCUAGAUAUAAAUUAAUGAGCUUUAAUCAUUUGCCUGCUUCUUAGAUUGAUCCCUCUGAAAGGCUGGAUCCCGAAGUUGAAGAUAUCCUUGUGGAAGUUGCUGAAGAUUUUGUAGAAUCUGUGAGUUCUGUGGCCUUCAGUUAAGGAUUAUUUGUUUUAAUUUUUUAUUUUUUAUUUUUUUGCGUUGAUAAACAAACAUAAUAAUUGUGCUCGGCUUGCCUUAGGAUUUCUCACAUUAUAAUCUACAUAAUAGUGUAUGGUAUUCCCUUUAAGAGACAUCACUUGUAAUGCCAUGCUCAAUGCCUGUAUUGAACGCUUUCCAAUGAAAAUGAAGACUGUGGAAGUUCAGUGAGAUUUAUGUUAAUCAUCAAUUUGCCCUCCAAUGCCUGCCUGCAGAUUGUAUUAGAGCAGAAUCAGGUAUCCUUUUUCCCCAAAAAGAUGGUGAUUAUUUAAACGUCUUACAAUGUAAUGGCGGAAAGGACUCAGAAUGUUGUUGGAUUUCCGUCCUGCAUUUACCGCGGAUGUAAUGGUAAAAAAGGAUGCGUUGAUCUGGUGUCUCUCUCAGUGGCUCCAGCUUGGCCUCAACCUCUCCUGCUCCACUGCACACUUGAUGCUUUUUCUGAAGAUUCGAAGCAAAUUAUGCGAAAAUACUGCAUAUUUCUGAAGAUCAUUUCUAAUUCCUCGAGCUUUCUGGUGUGAUGAAAAUGUCGUUUACUCUAAAAUUGCUGGCGUAAUAUGUUAUGCAUUUGUUUUAGUUUUCUGGUGUAUCUGAUACUCUAAUUUCGACUCCUGCACUCAUCAGACAGGGGAGAUGCUGUUUUGAGUCCAUCUGUUAUAUAUAUAUACAUAUUUAAUUCUACCUUGUUUGUGGAUUAUGUGUUAUUCCUUCAAAUUCCUCCAUUAUCAUCGAUAGAUGUGUUAUCUCAAUCAAGUAGAAGGUGAUGCCAUUAGCCGAAAAACAAUUCAUAAACAACAUUGACGUCCCCAUAUGGUCAAUUUCGUACGAGUUGACUCCUAUUGAGGAGAUGGGGCUUUCAGUUGCACAAAGCAGUUGUUUCUUACUGUUGAGCAUUCUCCUAUGUGAUAUAGUCAACGUCUGGUUUUCGCAUAAAUCCGAUUUGACUGCAUGAAAAAAAAUAGAUAUUUCACGUUCAAUACUUGUACUACUAUUGAUCUGAUUGUAAUGCGUUCGAUCCAGAGUGGUUGGCUUAAACUCAUGAAUUUUAGUCUGAAAUCAUCUUCAGAGUUGUUGGCUGUUUCAUGACGAUCGUUGAUGUAAUCUGCAGAUAACUACUUUUGGGUGUUCUCUGGCAAAGCAUCGGAAGUCAACUACACUGGAAGCCAAGGACAUACUUCUUCACCUAGGUGAAGUUCCAUGUGCAUAUUUUCAUGGAUUCCCUCUCUGGGCUCCUUGGGAUUUUGACCAAAACAGACAUAUGUGGGCAUCUCUCUUUAUACACAGAGAGGAACUGGAAUAUGACGAUACCCGGCUUCGGCGGAGAUGAGAUCAAGUGCUACAAGAAACCGGUAAGAGUCUCUGAGUAAACCAACCCGGGGUGAGAUGUCAACGGGCUUCCUCUGUGCUUGACCACAUGCAUCUGGUUGCUUUCUUUGGGAUUUGAUCUUCAGCUCACGAACGACGUCCACAAGGAGAGGCUUUCAUUGGUAUGUUCUCCUGGCUUCCUUGGAGAUUCAGAUCUCCGUAAAAAAAAUGUCUCCAUCUGUCAUAUUUAUCGCAUUAGUUGACCCCCAGAUAAAGAAGUCAAUGGCCGGAGCUCCUGAACCGGGUAAUGCUAAGAGUUCUGCGGCUGGGCAGUCUUCUGGGGGCCACACCAAGAGCCAUGCACCGAAGGCGCCCUUGAUCGGCUCUCCAAAGCUGGCCUGA